UGGUUGCUAUAGGAACGAGCAGUGUUAGUGAGCGGCCUGGAUUGGAGCCGGUACCGGCGGGAUGGACUCAGACCCGGGACCGGAGAGCCCCGCCCUGGCCGCCGCCCUGCAGCCACUCACCGACAUAGAGAAGCAGCUAAGAUAUGACAAUUCAGAAUUUUGCGAGGAGGUUUCAAAGCACCUUGGGUCAUUUGCUGAUGCUGUCAAAGAACUGGAAAAUGUUAGGAGGACGACACGUGAGCUCCUGGAAAUGGAGACAAUUGAAACAAGCAAACUACGAUAUCAGAUUCUGCAUCUCCCAGGAAUCAUCGCACAGGAGAUAGAAGCUGCCGUUUCCAGUGCUCGUACAUCUAAUGAGUCUGAAUUGAUGCAGUUACAAAAUGAACUGCAAGACAUAACACUGCAAAUAGAAAACACUGCAAAAAGACAAAUGGACCUGGAGGAAAUUAACUCGUGUCUCAGUUGCCGUGAAAAGACGUUGUCAGAUGAUUACCAGCAAGCUGUUGAUUUACUGAACCAGCAGAUGGCAGAGAAAGCUAGUAAGAGCAUCUAUCUCAAUGAGACCCACAACAAGCGGAAGAAAGCCCAAGAAGCAGUCGUAGAAUUUAAAACCAAAAUAGAAGACCUCGCUGAAGACAUGAUCAAAGAAAGACAGCGAUUUGCUGAAGAGAAGAGUAAUCUGACUAAUGAGAUCACGGAAACCAGGAGUCAAACAGAAGCACAGGAGGCGCAAAACAUUGAGCAAAAGAAACGCUUAAGUCAAACAAAAUCUGCAUUUUAUGGUGUUGAACAAAAGCUGAAAAUGGAAAGAGAGGAUCUAAAUUCUGUGAAGGGCGAUAUUUUACUUUUUCAAGCCUCCCACGCACGUUUGGCUAAUAAACUGGAAGUUCAAAGGAUUUUGUUUGCUGAGCUCUCUGACAAAAAGGAUGCCCUUGAAAACCAGAUGAAAAAAAUGAAACAUGAUUUUAGCAGAGAUAGCAAUAUCUUAAAUGAAAAGAUAUCACAGUUGGAUGAAGAAAUGAACACGGCUGAAAUGCUACAUCAAACUCUGACAGAUAAAAACCAGGAGCUAUGGAAAGAAUACCAAGCCAUAAAGGAAAGUGAAGAGAAGGAGCUGGCAAAGAAAAAGGAUACAGUGAAACAACUUGAAACUUCAAGAAUGGGUGUCAACGAAAAUAUGGAAAUGUAUGGAAAACUGAAAACUGAAUUAAAAGAGAUGGAACUUGAAUCCACUAAACUGGCAGAAGUUAGUAGAAUCAGUAUAGAACAGCUGGCUCGCCAGGUAGACGAAUUCAAGGAAACUCUCGAAAUUGAAAAACAAAAAAGAAUGGCAAAUCAGAUAAAAAAAGAUCAAGUUUUAAAGGAGCUAGAGCUUUGGAAACUGGCUGAAGAAAACUUUAUCAGUGAAAUGAAGAAAAGGAUGGAAAACGGGCAAAAACUGCAGCUUUCAUUAUUAGAUGAGGGCAACAUCCUGCAAAGGGAAAUAGAGAAUUUUGAUGAACAGAUUUUCAUAUUGAAAGAAGAGGGUGUGAAAAUGAAUGAAAACUUCUCAAAUAUGGAGCAAAGUCUCGCUAAAGAGAUCGAAAUGCUUGAGGAAGAGGUCAGUUCCAUGAAUGGGCUCCUUGGAUCAAAGACUGAAGACCUUUCAGCCAAAAUUGCUGUUCUGGAUGAAGCAGAGGACCGGCAUAACAAAGAGCAGCAAAUAUAUGAAGACUUGAAAAAGAAAGCUGGAUUGCUCAAAAGCCAAAAGAGAUCACUAGAAUCUUCCAUCAACACAUAUAGCAAGGACAUAGAAACCAACUUACAGAAAAAGGAAUCCAAGAAGAAUUCCUUGAAAAAUCUUCGAAAAUUAGUGUUUGAAAAACUACAAAAUGAACUUGAAAAUAUAAGAUUGAUUGAAAAAGACAUCUAUGAAAUAAAUAGAAAAAUGGAGAUUGUGAACAUGGAAAAUUGCAGACUUAAAUUACGCAAUGCACAGUUCAAAGAAGAUAUUGAUAAAUCGGUAAAUGAAGGAAAGAAUCAUGCAGCCGCUAUUACACAAAUGGAGAGCGGGUUAGCUUCCCUACUUCAACACAUCAAAGAAGGAUGGGAAAAGGAUAACUUUGUGUGCAACGACUUUUUGGAGCGAGAUCAGUGUAUUUUGGAUGCUAUUGCAGAGCUGAUGAAAAAACUCAACCUUCGCAAAGUGAAGCUUGGACAUCUCAGCGGCAUACUUCAAAAAGAAUAUAUUGGAAUAGCUUCACUUCUCAAAAGUAAAUCAGGUAUGAGCCGAAGCUACAUUGCAUUGAACAGAAACAGAUGAAAGAUUUCUAUAUAUUUUGUUUGUUAAUUGCUUUAUUUUUCAUGGAAACAGCAAAUUUACAAC